AGCCAUGUUGUUCUAUAGCAAAAUUUAGCAAAAACAAAAAAGGGAAAAGGCUACCACCUACUCCCUCUGUCCUAAAAUAAACCAAACUCGUACGGGAUUUAACACAUCCUCUUAUAAUGAAUCUGGACACAAUGGUGGCUCGAUUCAUCGCACUAGGAUAUGUCACAUCCGGUAUGAGGUUGGUUUAUUUUGGGAUAGAGGAAGUACAAGUAGGGAAAAAAACAAAAAUACUACAAAUCGGUAACACCAUUCUACGGAAUAGCUGACGUCGUAAUAUGUUAGCAUGGUGCGUAAAUAUCAGAUCCGAUACCUACAAGAUAUCAUAUCCGAUACGGAUCUGACAUAUACAGUAUCAUGCUGAUGUCAGCAUGAUACUUUAGAUACUAGAUCUGGAUACCUAUGUAUCUAUAGGACUAUGUCGACAUCAUCAUGAAGGUAUCAUGAUGUGCAUAAUAUCUACGAAAUACUUCUUUGAUUUUAAAUGUAUCAUAUCCGGUAUCUACGAUAUGAUGCUGACAUCGUGAUUACAUUACCUUCCGUAUAGUCUUCUUUAAAGAAAAUCAUAUCGGCAGUACUAUGUAUUAUCCUAGGACGCCGACGUGUUCCAUCACCCAUGAGGGCAUGCACAAUGUAAAAAUAAGGGGGGCCUUAAGCCUCUUGAGCGGUCGUUAUACAUCGUGGAGAUGAUCCUUAUAGGAGGUUUUUGGAUGAGCCGUCCUUAUGGCUAAGGACCGGUCUCAAGGAUUAAAAAAUUAGUUCUUUCUCCAGCUCUGUUGAUUGCCGCCAAGGGAAUGGAACAAAGAAGAUUAAGGCCCGGGAAGGGGGAGUACCGAGAACCCGUGUGGAGUUGUGCUGCAAGCCCUACCGCCACCGGAGAUCUGCCACUGGAGUUCGCGCGCAGGCCCCACCUCCACCGCCGGAGAUCUGUCGCCGAAACCGCCCGUGAGUGCCGCCGACGCCGUUCGCGAGGGCCGCCGCGGAUCCGCGAGCGCGAGCUCUGCCGACGCCGUCCGCGAGCGCCUCCGUGGAUCCGCUCACGUGAGUGCCGCCGCCGCCGCCACCAUCGAGGAUCCGCUCACGACCUGGCGUCGUCAUCAUCUGCAAGCUCUGCUCCGACGCCUCCUCCUCCGAUGAGCGCCUCCACGGCGGUUCGAUCUGCGGGCCGCCAGCAGCGAGCACCACCGUCGUCACGGAUCCGCUCACGCGAGCUGCCGGCGUCGUUGUCUGCAAGCGUCGUCGUCGUCGGUGGGGUGGGGAAUGGCCGAACAGAUAAGACGGACAAUCACGUUGUACACGGGUGCCCAUAGCUAUACUCAUUUUGAUGCGGAGGUAGUGGCACUGCCGUACGGCGACUGCCAUUAUAUGUUCUAAUCUUCUCUCCUCAAACUUCACAAGCUGCACCAUGGAUGCCUCCCCGCUGCACGUCGUCGUCUUCCCGUGGCUCGCGUUCGGCCACCUCCUCCCUGCCCUCGAGCUCGCCGGCCGCCUGGCCUCGCGCGGCCUCCGCGUGUCCUUCGUCUCCACCCCGCGCAACAUCGCUCGCCUCCGCCGCCCGUGCCCGUCCGUCGAGUUCGUCGAGCUGCCGCUCCCGCGCGUCGACGGCCUCCCCGACGGCGCCGAGGCCACCACCGACGUCCCCGAUCACAUGUCAUCCGCUCUCUGGAAGGCCUCCGAUGGGCUCACCGCGCCCUUCUCCGCCUUCCUCGACGCCGCCGCCGCCGCGGGGAACAAGGUCGACUGGCUCAUCCUCGACGGCAUGCUUUCCUGGGCCGCCGCCUCCGCCGCCGACCGCAAGGUUCCCUGCGUCCUCAUGAUGCCGUACACGGCGACGGCGUGCGCGCAUUUCGGCGUGCCGGAUGAGGCGCGGGACGCCGACCGUUUCCCCUCCGCCAUAGCCCGGCGGUUCGUCUCGGCCUUCCGGAGCAGCGAGCUUCUCGCCGUGCGGAGCUGCGUGGAGUUCGAGCCCGAGUCGGUGCCUCUCCUGUCGAACAUCUUCGGCAAGCCGGUCGUCCCCAUCGGCCUUCUCCCGCCGCCGCAGGUUGACGGCGACGGCGACGGCGACACAGCUCUCAUGUCCUCGUGGCUCGACAGGCAGCCGCCCAAGUCCGUCGUCUACGUCGCGCUCGGGAGCGAGGCGCCGCUGACCGCGGAGCAGCGGCGCGAGCUGGCGCUCGGGCUGGAGCUCUCCGGCGCGCCCUUCCUCUGGGCCCUGAGGAAGCCUCACGGCGGCGACGACGACGGCGGCCUCCUGCCUCCGGGAUUCGAGGAGCGGACGCGCGGGCGCGGGAUGGUGAAGACGGAGUGGGUGCCCCAGCUCAAGAUCCUGGCGCACGCCGCCGUGGGCGCCUUCCUGACGCACUGCGGCCACAGCUCCGUCAUCGAGGGGCUCCGGUUCGGCCAUCCUCUCGUCAUGCUGCCACUGUUCCUCGACCAGUUCACUAACGCGAGCUACUUGGAAGGGGCGAGAGGGGUUGGGGUGCAGGUGGCCAGGGAUGGCGAGCACGGCGGCGCCUUCGACCGGGACGGCGUCGCCGCAGCCGUCCGGGCCGCCGUGGUGGAUGAAGAGAGCAAGAAGGCGCUCGCCGCCAACGCCGGGAAGAUGGGGGAGGUGGUGGCCGACACGGAGUGUCACGAGAGGUGCAUCGACGCUUUCAUUCAGCAGCUCAGGUCCUAUACAACGACAAGGACUGGUUAUUAGUACGUACCUCCAUUGGACACAUCAUCCCUGCCUAAGAUUCGCAUGUGUUUUAUUCAGUGCUUGCCAAGUUUGCUAUAUUACAAGGAAAAUGCCUCAAAUCAGGAGCCCGAUGCUGCAACCCCACCUCCCCCACCCCCCCCCCCCCCGCGCGCCACCCUCACCACGUGUCCUGCGCCGCUCCUGCCACGUGUCCCCACCACGCAGGCCGUUGCAAUAAAUCGCCUCUGUAAAGUGAAUCCGUUUUAUUUGUUGUUCCAUCAAAAAUGUUUCGUUUAGUGUAUUCACAAUGUUUUACUAUGUACGGAUCAAAUGUUGCGGUGAAUUGAAACAUUCUUUUGCAAUAAAUUACCCAUAUAUUAUGGAUAUUAUGGAAAUCCUCUGUUAAGGAAAUCCGUUUCA